AUUGCAAAUCAUAAUGCAUUUUUUUUUUAUUAAUUUAUUAACUGUAUUAUUGUUUCGAUCGACUUCAAUAUUGUGUAUUGGGCUGAAUGAUUUUAAAAUUCUCUCUGCGUUACCAUUUGGACAAUAUAAAUUAAUUUUCAAACAGAUUAAGAGCUGCAAUGUUUUACAAGAAUAUAAAAUACAAAUUAAUUUUUACCUGAACCAUAAUUCCAAAUCCAACGCGACGGAAAUUAAGGGAAAUAUUACGACUGCCAUACCAUUUGACGAUACUUUUUUUUUGGAAGCAAAUUUUGCUCUUAAAGAUGCAAACGGGAAUUGGAAAGAUAAUACGUAUAUCCACAAGUCACCAAAAGCUUGCUCUUCGUUUAAACUUUUGAUGGGAGCUGAGUGGGCCAGAGCAAUGAACGGUUUGGGAAUAAAGAAUACCACAUGCCCUCUAUCUCCGGUAUAAUGACAUAAUUACAGUUCAAUUUAACUUUGUCACUUUGUCGUUUUUGAGAAUCAGAGCAGAUUGGCAUUAAGUAGACCGUUUUAUUUGAUGAAAGCAAAUGUUAUCAUUAAAAAUAAUUUGUUGUACCCAACUUAUAUUGAUUAAUUCAUAAAAUUAUGUACUGACUAGUUGUAUUAAAAAAAUGUUUUAUAAUUUUAGGGCAUUUAUAUUGCUCCGGGCUUGGAUACAUCAAUCUUUAAAAAAAACACAAAUUUUCCUAAAACAUUUAUUUACGGGAUGUACAAAAUUCGAUUUUUUUUUUCACGUAAUAAAGAAGUGUAUGGCUGCAAUAUUUAUGUAAUAGAAAUUAAGCCCCUUUAAUAUAAAUUUUAAAAUAGUUUAUACAAUAAUCUACACUGGCCUGUGUAAAGACGUAUUUACCAAUAAACUAUAGGAAAGUUAGGCAACUAUACCAAUAUUGGUAUAACUGUUAUAAGGGAACUUCGGAAUAUAUAACAUAAGUAUGAAUAUGUACUGUU